AUGGAAUCCACACAGGAACAAGUUAAGUUAGCUGUUGUCAAACAGGUUAUCGGCCGUACAGGAUCACGCGGUGGUGUCACACAAGUUCGCGUUGAAUUCCUUGAUGACUCAAACCGCUCCCUUGUCCGCAAUGUUAAGGGUGCUGUCAGAGAAGGUGAUAUCCUUUCACUUCUCGAAACAGAACGUGAAGCUCGCCGCCUUAGAUAA